UUUUAAUUGGUUCUUACUUUUGCUUUCAUCUUUUUAUUUUUUAUUUUCUACUUAUUUACAAUGCUUUACAGCUUAUUAUUAGCUAUACUACUGUCUAGCUAUGCAAUACCUAUACUUGCCUACAAAACGCUGAUUGAUGUACUUUCUGAUGAGGGACAGUACACAACGCUCAUUAAACACUUGCAAUACCGACGUCUGGUGCCGUACAUCAAUGACAUCAAAGCCGGCACACUUUUUGCUCCAAACGACGAGGCAUUUGGAUCGUAUGUGCCUGGCUCGGUAUCCAAGGACCAACUUCUUUAUCAUUUGUUGCCAAAUCCUAUGAAAGGAGACGAGUUUUUUGACGGCCAACUGCUUGGUUCGCUUUACGUCCGACCAGGUUUUCUAGGCCCCGCCGAUGCCAGCCAGUUGAUUAAAAUCACAAAGGAAGGUUUCACUGGAAAAGGCCGAGGCAAAGUCUUGGUGAACGAAGCACCUAUUGUCAAAAAAGACAUUUGGGUGAACAAUAAUACGACAAUCCAGGCCUUGGGAAAAGUACUUUUUCCACCUCAUAUGCUCAAAAAACAACUGGAAGACAAGCCGAGCUUAUUUGAACUACUGAAACGUCUAGGAAUAGAUACUCUUCUGAAUGAAGCACGGCCCUACACGGUAUUCGUGUCACGGAUGGAUGUGUUGAGCAAGUUCAAUGCAAUUGAACAGCGUUACAUCCUGUCAGAAUAUGGUCAACAAGACCUCUCAGGUCUCGUGCGUUACAUGGUUGUCGAAGGCGCGUUGUUUGCUGACGCAUUCCCGGUUGGGGAAUCAUCUCACAAGACAAUCUCUGGGGAAUACAUCACUAUUAACAAGAGUGAAGAUAAACAGCUGACUGUGGAUGGAAUCCGAGUGUCAGAGAAGGAUCGUUUGGCUGCCAAUGGUGUCAUUCAUGAAGUUGAAGACACGGUUGUGCCUCGGAGCAUCUGGUUUAAUUCCCGCAAAUACCUCUACGGACUCAACGCUACUGCGUUUGUUGAGCUCAUGGAUCAAUAUGGCCAAGCACACUAUAUUGACUCCCUCAUCGGAAACUACACCUUCCUUAUUCCCUCUAAUGAAGACCUCGAAGAUGACAUGAUUCCAGAAACUGUCAAGCCUUCCUGGCUACGAUACCACAUCCUUGGUGGAACGUGGACUAAAGACGAUUUCCAGAACAGCACCCUUGUUGCUUCUGAAUUUAGAUCAGAAUACCUGGGAGGCGCUAGACAGAGAAUUCCUGUAUAUGUUGAAACAGAAGGCGUUCAAGACAUAUCCUCGAGACCGACCGGAAAAUCUGUUCGGUUUGGUCGGUCCCGUAUUCUCGGAGAAAUUGUCAGUUUCCGAGGAUCCAUGUUCUAUCAGCUCUCGGAACCCCUCAGUUUACCAGACGACCUUCUCAACAAACUGGUAGUUGACCUUGAACUGUCGACAUUUAUUGCCACCUUGUAUGUUUCAAAGGUUGCCAGAGACAUGUCUGAGACACAUGGGAUUACUUUGUUUGUACCUACCAACAAGGCUUUCGAGAACCUCGGCUUGGUCGCAAAGUACCUGAUGCAUCCUUCAGCAAAGCCUGAGCUUCAGUCUGUACUUCGCUACCAUGCUGUUCAGCAACUUUUGUACAGCAGUGUCCUAGCCGAAGGAGUGCACGAGGUCGAAACACUGGGCAAUGUCACUCUUCGGAUUACGCCUACUGACGGACAGCUCAUUGUCAGCCAGCCUGAUGGAAGUGGUGCAGCCACAGUUGGAGUAUCGGACCUGCUGGUUUCUAAUGGUGUGGUCCACAAAAUUGACCAGGUCCAGAUCCCCACAACUGUGUCGAUUACCAACCGCCAGUUACUGAUCGGUAUCGAGGCAACCACAAUGCUUGAGCUGCUGAACAAGGCCAAUCUUUUGGGAGAAAUCGAAAAGCCAGACUACAUUGUUCUCGCACCGUCCAACAAGGCAUUCGCACAGAUUGAUUUGGAAACCUUGAUUAAUGACCCUUACGAACUUGAUCGUGUGGUUCGUCUGCACUUGAUUCCCAAGGCUUGGCAAGACACCUGGCUGCAGAACACUUACCGCGAUGAAGGAGAAUACCCUACCUUACUGUCCGAGUGGGACAAACUGCUCAUCAGCAACAUGGGUCAAGGGGAACUAGUGGUCGGAGUCAAGGGCCAACCCGAGAAAGUGCACGCCCAGGUUACUGGAAUGGGCAAGGCAUCUACCGGAGGAGGAGUGAUGGAAAUCGACACUGUUCUCACACCAGUUCGACGGGGUCUGUUUGGUCUGCCUUGGCUGUGGUCAGUUGCGCUGGUGGCUGGAGUCGUUAGUGUUACAGCUCUUAUUUUGGCUUUGUGUGGGUUCUUCAUCUACAAGGUUUGGAGCCGCAGACGACUUGGUUAUCGGGCAAUCUAAACGAGAGAAAGUAAGAAAGAAGAAAGGAAAGGAAAGGCGAGAAGAAAAGAAAAGAAGAAAGAGGUGAUGAGCAUGGGAGAGAGUGGUUAUCUAAGUCUUGUUCAAUCCAAAGUACUUUCUUUCUUUCUUUCUUUCUUUCUUCAUGGCAGCAUAUAUUUCACAGGCAUUUGAUUGUACUAUCUUUCUUCUUCUUCUUCUUCUUUCAUUUUCUCCCUUUUGUGUGCAUGUUCUUUUGUAUGUGCAUGCGCACUUUUAUGUUUAUGUUUAUGUGUGUGUGAGUGUGUGUAUGUGUGUAUUUGCUGUCUUUUUUUUUGCCAUUGUAUAUAAGAUGAUUUGUGUGGAAUACAUAGACAAUCGUUGUCCCGGUUAUAUAUUUAUACACAUAUGCACACGAGCAUUUAUACUGACACCAACAUUCAUACAUUCAUACAUUCAUACAUACAUAUAUACAUAUAUACACUUCUAUAUAUAUAAUAUAAUAUAAAUAUCCAAUAUAGAAAUCAUUUUAUGGUUUCUAUAUUUUACAAAGUCUAUCCAAAAAAUAAAAACGAUUUACAGAAUAUUACAAAU